UCCGGUUGCACCCCGGUCCAGAAGCCCCGGUAACGAGCUGGGAGACCCUCGGGAGGGAAGGGCGACCCCCAGUCCCCACAACGGGAGAGCGGGGUCCCUCGGCUGGACCGCUCUCCUCGCCCAGGCUCCGUCCGGGGUGGCGGGCAGGGCCAGGGGGCGCCAUCCCAGCGAUGCUGAGGCGCCUGGGGGUUCCCGGCCCCCGAGGGGGUCGCCGGCUAGGCGGGACCCCCUCGCGAGGCCGCCUUCUGCUUCUGCCCUCCUCGGGGGCUUCCCAGGCUGGCAGCCCCCGGAUGAAGGGACGUCGGGGCGGCUGCUGCUGGCUGAGCCGGCGGCGGAGGGAAGCGCGCCUUGGGCUGGCCCCAGCUGGCAGAGGGGGGGCGUCACCCAGUCAGCUGGUUGGGAGGGGGCUGGACUUCCUGGUGCUGGGACUUGUCAACAGCCGAAGCAGGCGGGCGAGCAGCGGCAGAAGGAAGGGAGGCGAGCCAGCUCAAGGCAGCCACCCAGCGCAGCCCCGGCCUCGCCUUUGCCCACGUCGCGAGGGGCGCGCGUGGGCCGGGUCGUCCUGCCUCGGGAGCGGGGGGGGGGUGGUGCCGCCGCGGGGUUAGACCGCUCCUGCCCGGUGGUGAUCGCAGAGCUCCCAGAGCAGCGGGGAUGCCCUCCGGCCCAGCCCGGGCAUGCCCCCGAGCGGAGCCCACCCCCGACGCCCCCUGAGCCGCACUCCGCGCCGGGAUCGAGGGGAAGCGAGGAAGGAGCGGGCGCCCCGCCCCGCCGAGGAACCGGAGCCGCCGCCGCCGCCGCCGCCACUGGAGAAAGUUGCAGCUGGGAGUGAAACAAUGCGGGACGCCUGCCAGGCAAAUGCCCCUUAAGCUGCUUUUGGCACUGCCCGGGGCGCGCCGACCUCUCGCCAACCCGCAGGAGCCGCCGAGUGCCGGUGUGUGUGGGGGAUUGCAAUCCCACCGUCCCCAGGCGAAGGACCCCCGGGGUCUUUGGGGCCCUGCCCUGUCCUCCACUCAGUCCAGGGGGCAGCCAUGGCUCGGGGGCAGCCGCUUCAGCAGCCCUGCUAGCCCCCCCCUCCCGCUCUGUUGCCUGGAGAGCUGCUGAGACCCCCGCCCGGCCAGGACCAUGAGCGUGGGGAAGAAGAAAAGCGGCUUCCAGAUCACCAGCGUCACCUCGGAUUACGAGAAGGAGGGCCUGCCCGGAGGAGAUGCCAAGGGCCCCUCGGCCAGGCCAGUGGCGGGGCUGCCGGACGAGCCCUACCCGGUGGAAAACGGCAGUCACCAUCCCAGUGAUAGCGGGGCCCCCAAAAAUGGGCCCGCGACUCCAGGCUCCCCGGUUUCGGCCCCCUCGCACCCGGGCUCCCUCGGCAGCGUCUCUGGUUCCCGCUUCCGUGUGGUCAAGCUGGACCAUGGCUUGGGAGAGCCGUACAGACGCGGGCGCUGGACUUGCCGGGACUUCUACGAACAGGAGAUGGACCACCACCUGGCGGGGCGGCUGGCAGACUCUGCCCGGCAGCCUCAGUCCCUGGAUUCACGGCUGGAAGUGGCCGGCCUGCUGGCGAAGCCCUCCUCGCCCUUCAGCCCCCAGAUGCCACGCCGGGGAGGGCCCUGCCUGCAGUCCCUGCUGGUCCUCCCGGUGCCCUCGGCCCCGGCCCACCAGGCCCGCUCUCUGGGGGGUGGCCUGCCUGUCCUCCGCUCCGUGAGGACCCCUCCCAGCCCGGCCUCUCUCCAUAGCGCCCGAGGGGUGGCAGAGACGCGGCCCCUGGCGCCAGAGGAAGGGGCCCCAGAGCCCGGAGACCCCCCUCAGCCCGGCAGCAUCCCGGUGGUGAGAGUGGAGGAGCAUCUGCUGCCCAAAAGUGUCACCCAGCUCAUCCCAAGGGAGGCGGAAGAGCGGCACAAGAUUUUGCCCCGAGAGACCCGCUCGCGCCCGUCUUCCCCGGCCCCCCUGCUCUUCCGCGAUGCCAGCCCCCACCGGAGGACCUCGGACCCCUUCGGCGUGGCCCGCUUCAACCUGGCCCGGUCGGUGUUUGGCAUGGGAGCCUCCCACGACAGCGACGAUGACAGUGGGACCAACAGCAGCAUGAUCGCCAUCGACAACAAGAUUGAACAAGCCAUGGACCUGGUCAAGAGCCACCUGAUGUUCGCUGUGCGGGAGGAGGUGGACGUCCUGAGGGAGCAGAUCAAGGACCUGUCCGAGCGCAACGCGGCCUUGGAGAAGGAAAACAGCCUCCUGCGCUCCCUGGCCAACGCGGAGCAGAGCGGACACUUCCAGGCUCAGCGCCACGAAAACAAGACGUCCUCCAGCGGCUCCGCGUGACCCCGGAUGGACGGACGGACGGACGGAUGGCCAGAGAGGAGCUGCUGCUGCUGACCCAGAGGAGGAGGAGGGCCUGAAGGGGGGGGGGGAGCUCUCCAACGCAGUCCCGCUGAUGUGAACUUGCCUCUUUGGGGUGGGGGGUUGGGGGGGGUCGUGCACACGUGUGUGCGUGUGUGUUUGUGAAACCAGCCUUUGGGGUGGGGGGGUGGGGGGAACUGGGCUACUAACCCACCACGUGCCUUCCGGGGGUGCAACUUAACCCCCCCAGCUCUGAAAGGAGCAGAAUAGACUUCCUAGCAGGGUGGAGGAGGGGGGGGAACCAGAUUGGGGGGACCCCCCCCCUCGCAGGGAUUUUCCUCCCCUAACCUGGGGGGGGAGGAGUGCUCCACUUGCUUCCCCCCCCCCGACAUCCGAGACGGAAGUGGGAGAGGACUUUUUAAAGGUACGACGUACAUGGUUCGGAAUUGUGGGGGGGGGGUGCAGAAUGGAGGCCGGAGAUUGUGGCGCUGCCAAUCCUUUUAUAUAUCCAGGGCCCUUUUGCAGUAUUUCAGGUUAUUAAAAGUACCUAGCUGUUAAAAGUC